GGCGUCGCUUUCAAAUUAACAGAUUUGCGCAAAAUAUUGUAAGCAUAAUAAAGCGUGAAAAUGGAAAACAAUCUGUUCAGCGAUCCCGUUUUGGAGCGGCACUUUACUGGACAUGUUGGCAAUAUAACACAGCUGCGUUUUAGCCCAGAUGGACAUCAAAUUGCUACUAGUUCACUGGACAACACAGUCAUCAUAUGGAAUCUCAAGCAGGCCGCCCGUUGUAUACGCUUUGCGAGUCAUUCAGCAGCUGUGUAUGGCGUUAGCUGGUCGCCCAAGGGCAGCUUGAUAGCGUCUGCUAGUCAGGAUCGCACGGUUAAAAUCUGGGAGCCCAAGACGCGAGGCUUCUCCAGCGAGUUUGUAGCUCACGGCAAGCCUGUGCGCAGUGUUGACUUUGAUCCAACCGGACAGCUAAUAGUCACCGCCUCUGAUGACAAAGCUGUCAAGCUGUGGCGCGUUACUAGGCGUCAGUUUAUCACAUCGUUUACCGAGCAGACCAAUUGGGUGCGCUCGGCCAAGUUCAGUCCCAAUGGCAAGCUCGUUGCCACUGUCAGCGAUGACAAGUCCUUGCGCAUAUACGAUGUAAGCACCGGCGAGUGUGUGCGCAUCUUUACAGAGGAGCGUGCUUCUCCUGCGCAGUUGGCCUGGCAUCCGUGGGGCAACAUGAUUGCGGUAGCCCUAGGCUGCAAUCGCAUCAAAGUCUUCGACGUGGGCAACAGUCAAUUGCUGCAACUCUAUCAGGUUCACUCAGCGCCAGUAAAUGAUAUUGCCUUUCAUCCUAGCGGCAACUUUCUGUUGUCAGCUAGUGACGACAAUACUAUGCGCAUACUAGACUUGCUCGAAGGCAGGCCCAUUUAUACGCUGACUGGACACACAGGAACGGUGAAUGCUGUGGCAUUCAGCCAGGAUGGCAACAAGUUUGCCACCGCAGGCAGCGAUCGCCAGUUGCUAGUUUGGCAGUCAAACUUACAUACAUAUGAUGCGUCACAGUUUGAGGCCAAGUCGAUUUCGUCGUGUGAUAUCAGCUGCACAGGUAACUCCAAGGCUACGUCCAACGAUCUGAGCAUUCGCAUUGAUCCACGUGAAUCGUUGGCCUAUCGUGCACUGGAUGAGAACUUCCAGGUCUUAGAUGUAACGCUCGAAUCAGAGGACUCAAGCUCAUACUACGACUGUUGUCGUUGCUCGGCUCAGCUUGAUGAGAUUGUCGAUCACCUAAGUGAACUGGAUGAGCGCAUGAGACGUUUGGAAGCAUCGUACUUUCUCUAAGUAGCCUACAGGCAUAAGUUAUGGUUAUUAAAGAUUGUGUAAAAGGUGCUGUGAUUGA